AUGACAGAACGGCAACAAGCUGGAGCUUAUGGCAAAGAGGACGUCUCUGAUAGGGCUUGUUCCAGAGUGAGAAAAAGCAGAAGCGCUGAAUCGGUGUCCCGGGACCUGGCUGCCCGAAACUGCCUGGUGGGUGAGAACCACCUGGUGAAGGUAGCCGAUUUUGGCUUAAGCAGAUUGAUGACUGGGGAUACUUACACGGCUCAUGCUGGGGCCAAGUUCCCUAUCAAGUGGACUGCGCCGGAAAGCCUCGCUUAUAACAAAUUCUCCAUCAAAUCGGACGUCUGGGCUUUUGGGGUCUUGCUCUGGGAAAUCGCCACCUACGGCAUGUCCCCCUACCCUGGGAUCGACCUCUCGCAGGUCUACGAACUUUUGGAGAAGGACUAUCGCAUGGAGCGUCCCGAGGGCUGCCCGGAAAAAGUCUACGAGCUCAUGCGAGAGUGCUGGCAGUGGAGCGCAUCGGAGAGGCCGUCCUUUGCCGAAAUCCACCAAGCGUUUGAGACGAUGUUUCAAGAAUCCAGCAUUUCAGACGACUCUACAGAGCCUGAGCCGGCUGUGUCCCCUGUUCUGCCGCGGAAGGAACGGACUGCAGCCGACUGGAGUUUAAACGAAGACGACCGUUUGAUCCCCAAGGACAAAAAGACCAAUCUUUUUAGCGCUCUGAUCAAGAAGAAAAAGAAAACGGCGCCCACCCCUCCGAAGCGGAGUAGUUCCUUCCGGGAAGCGGAGGUGCACCUGGAGCAUAGAGGAGGAGGAGGAGGAGGAGGGGGGGAGGACGAGACCAAAGAGAGCAACAACGGCGGUUUGCUCACACACCCUGCUGAUCCAGAGGACCGUUCCCGGUUCCCCAACCCCAGCAAUGAGGCUGCCGGCGUUGCCAAUGGGACUGGGAGCUCCAGUCUUUUGACGCCAAAUGUUUGGAAGAAAUCGUGGUCCUCGGCCAAUAAUCGCCCGGGUCCCAACGAAGAGGAUGGCAGCUCGAUCUCCAGCAAGCGCUUCCUGCGUUCCUGCUCUGCCUCUUCCGUUCCCCACGGGGCCAGGGACGCCGAGUGGAAGUCGGUCACCCUCCCUCGGAACCCGCAGUCCGUGGGGCACCAGUUUGACUCCUCCACCUUUGGGGGCCACAAGAGCGAAAAGCCCGCCCUGCCUCGGAAGCGAGCCAGUGAGGUAAAAGCUGACCUGGCCAGCAGGGGGAUGGUCACCUCGGGUCCUCGGCUGCUGAAGAAGAACGAGGAGACACUGGAAGAGAGUUCCAAAGAGGCCGAGUGUACCCCGGGCUCCAGCCCGCCCAGCCUUACCCCUAAGCUCACCCGGAGGCAGCCUUUGCUUCCUUCUGCUUCCGGGGGUCCAUUGGUGGAGCAGACCACGGUAGGCAAAGCUCCCCUGGGCAUCUUUGCUGGCAAAGCCCUGGCCGAGGAGUCCCGUCUACGAAAGAUGAAGCCAGAGAAGGAAAAAGGGAAGCUGUCGAAGCUCAAACUUGCCCCACCUCCUCCGGCCUUGAACUUGGGUAAAAAUGGCAAGGGGGGUCCUGGGCCAAGCCACGAAGGGCCAGAAGGGUCCCUGGCCAAGAGCAAGCUGACAGUCGUGGCUGCGGAGCCCAUCAGCGCUGAGACCCCCAAGUCCGGGUUGUCCACCGAGGGAAGCAAAAAGCCACUGAUGUCCUCCGUACCAAAGUCCCCCUCCGCCAAACUGCUCUUCGGUUCCCCUUCUCCAUCGCCCCCCACCGUCUCGUCUGCUCUGGCUGCAGACCAACCUCUCUCCACGGCCUUCAUCCCCCUCAUUUCCACCCGCGUGUCCCUGAGGAAGACCCGCCAACCUCCCGAGAAGAUAGCGAGCGGCACCGUCACAAAGGGGACGGUCCUGGAAAGCUCUGAUGCCCUGCGGACCGCCAUCAACAAGAACUCAGAGCAGAUGGUCAGCCACAGUGCCGUCCUGGAAGCGGGCAAGAACCUGUACACCUUCUGCGCCAGCUACGUGGACUCGAUCCAGCAGAUGCGGAAUAAGUUUGCGUUCCGAGAGGCCAUCAACAAACUGGAGAACAGCCUCCGGGAGCUUCAGAUCUGCCCUGCCACGGUUGGCGGAGGUCCAACCACCACCCCGGAUUUUAGCAAAUUGCUCGGCUCGGUCAAAGAAAUCAGCGAUAUCGUCCAGAGGUAGCAGAAGUGGGGAGAUCAUCAGUGGCCCACAUUAGAUGGUGCCGACCCAAGACAUUGUUGAUUUCUGGGACAAAACAAUGGGACCUCACACCUCAGAGAGACAACACACAAACGUAGCCACAUGGACUGUAUCUUAGUUGUCCUCUGGGGUUGUCCAAGACCGUCAACUUUGAGCCUUCCGUUGCUUGAAUGGCUCUCACCCUCAGGAUAUGCUCAUCCAUUGCUCCUCACAACCACCUUGUCAAACAAGAACCCCCCUCCCCGUACACCUGCCCACCCUCCCCGUAUCCAUCUUUCUCACCUGCAAUUUCCCUCGGGUUUCCUUCUUAACUCGGGGACCCCCAAAUCCUGUGAAGCUUAAUUGGUCGUAGUGUCACAUCCUUUGGGACGCUCUAACAAAUGCUUUGCUUGCUCUCGGUGUGAGCUUUGCGUUGAAAUGGGGGGGGCUGUGGGACACCCCUUGUCUCGGCCAAAUGGACGGCAGGUUGCUUCCCUUGGCCCUCUUGGCACCUGGUCCGGUGCGGAAGAGCAGGCUCACGUGUGAAGGUUCAAUUAAGCUACUCUAUUGCCAAAAGCCCACGCACAGGAAUCAUCUCGGCUAGGCGCCUGCUAGGCGUUCGAUAAGGGUCAACGGAACCCAAGGGAUGUUGGACUUAGUGCAUGGGGAUUCUAGGCUUCUGUCUCUUUUCACGCCACCCCCCUUGGGGUUCUGCCACUCCUUCUCCACACAGGGCUGCGUUCACACACCCCAUUUUCUAUCUCUAAGAGCCGAGGUGGCGCAGUGGUUAGGGUGC